AUGUGCCUGUAUGAGUCGCAUAUCAGAAGGCGCGGUCUCCCGGAAGGCUACGUUCGCGGCAUGGAGCUCCUGGCGAGCUUGGCCAUUCGUCAUGUCGACAAUUUUGAGGAGCUUCUUCUGUCUCGAUUAUUGCGGGAAAAUAAAGAGCAACGAUUUGUCUGGCAUUCUCACUUCGACGAACUUCUUGACGUAUGGAAGAAGAGCAAACUGUCAACCGAGUUGGAGAGACUAUUGCCCUACUUACCAUCGCCCAAGUCGCUUGCUCUCAAGCGAAAGUUCGAGGAAAACCAAGAUGAAGAGAGUCUGAGGCGGCAUUCUGCUCGUUUAUUGACGUCGACCCCACGACGCACAACUUCUAUUGACGACCAUCUGUCUAUCGACGAUGGAAGCUUUCAAGGCCAUUUGGACAUCCCGCAAUUAAACGAGCUGCUAGAGGGAGACGGUGUACCGGAUCAGCUUCUUCGUGAGACGAACACGGCACUCCGACCCGGUCAAUUGUCCAAUUCUAUAUCGAAAGGUAUCCAGCUACCUGCUCAAUGGAGUAGCUUUCUGAAAUUUUAUUUCUUUCAGACUCACUGCUGGCUUCCUAUUGUGGACAAACCUGAGGUUAUGCGUUCGUCAUAUCAAUUCAUCAAUAAAAAUCCAAUUACGGAACCUAAAUGUGGCUCGCUCGCUCUUCUAUGGGCGAUAGUUGCAUUGUCAAGCUCCAGAUUGUUGAAGCUAGGCACUUCUACCGAGCUUCUUGGAACGGAAACAGUAUCAGAGGACCUUGUCUUGUCAUAUUACUCGAAGGCGCGGGGGCUCAUACCCUGCGAAGAAGAACUAUUUGACCUUGACCAUGUCCAGGCUCUGCUUCUCUUAAGCCUGAUCAAAAUCGAUCAGUCUUCGUGGUCCGCUGCUCGGAUUCUGAUUGGAAAGGCUGCCCAGAUUGCCAUGGAUUUAAAACCCAUGUUGCAAACCAGUGGGUCUGACCCACAGAUUAUGGCACGAUAUGGCCGGACCUAUCUGGGAUGCUUUGUGCUGGAUACCCUGGUUUCUUCACAUUUGGCACAACUCCCGCACCUCCAACAACCUGAUUCUUUUCAAAUUUGCGAGAUCGAGGAACAUGGACUUGAUGAAUGGGAUAUUUGGUCAAAUCCUUUCGAUACAGCGCCUGUAUUACACGAUCGUUGUUUACCGCUCUUUACAUUUAGCACUUUUAAUCGGCUUGUGAGUAUCUGUAAGAUCAUUCACAUGACCCUACUCGCAUCGAUUUACGGACCAAAAUUUUCUGCAAAUGAGUCACUGGCAGAUCUUGAGAAGAAAAACUCGAAACACCCCUGGGUCACCAUGUUCAAAGACCCAGGUAGGGAAAAUUCACCCGAAACGAAAAUGCUACCUCAUCAUUACCACUUGCGAAUUUUCUAUCUCAUUGCCGUCUCUGAGGUUGAUCUGCGAUUGAAUACAACAACUGCAAUUCCAUCUUAUCAAGCUGCGAAAGGAUCUGUAUGUGCUGCCGAAGCUGUGGCGCUCAUGCAUAGAUUCAAGGAUGAAUUUGGUCUUCAUACAGCCCCCCAAACAUGGUCCCUCAUUAGGGCCAUCUUGUCAAAAUCGCAGAGCAUUGUUGCAAAUGAUUUGAACAGGAUUUCGCCUCGGCCACUAACUUAUAAUGCUUGCUUGAGAAGCAACCAAGCUGAAGAGGAACAAGCUCUAUCAUUUGUGCAACAACCGAGCCGGGAGGCUGACAAACGAGAUCGGAUGCUACAAUCUAGGCCCGGGGGAUAUAACCCGGCGGGAGGAAGUACUGCUCAUUUUGACGCAGAUUCACGGCAGCAUGAGCCGUCCACGGAUAGUGAUUAUCUUUUUGAAGAACUGCUGGCAAUUGAUACGUCUGAUUGGUAA